AUGACUCACGCACUUCUCAUUUUGGUCAUUUUGCUACGUUUUCUCCAACAAGGGAGCACGAGCAAGAAAUUACCUGGAGUUGAGCAGUAUGAAAUAGUUUAUCCACAGAAAUUGCACACAGUCCAUAAAAGAGAUGUAGAAAGAAACACAGAGGUAUUAAAAACAAAAUACGAUGACACGGUGGAGUACGGAAUCAAAGCCAACGGAGAGGAAGUCAUACUGCACCUACAAAAAAAUAAGCAUCUGUUAGCCAGAGAUUAUACUGAAACAGUGUAUUCUGGUGACGGUCGACGAAUAACAACAAGUCCUCAGAUCAAGGAUCACUGUUAUUAUGAAGGUUACAUUCAGAAUGAUGCUGAUUCCAGAGCGAGCAUCAGUGCUUGCAAAGGUCUAAGUGGGUAUUUUGAGACCCGUGGUCAGAAGUACCUCAUUGAACCCUUGGGAACCUCAGACAGAGACGAACAUGCUGUCUAUAAGUAUGAGAAACUCGAGCAAAAGUCCAUAAAAACCUGUGGCCUAAUCAACAACACCUGGGAAGCGGAUUCAGUGGACCCCAUCAAUGACAUCUUCAAAUCCAGCAACAAUCCAGAAAUGAAAGCAUACCUGAAAGCAAAAAAGUAUCUGGAAGUUUACAUCGUUGCAGACAAUACUCUGUACAAGAAGUAUGAAGAAGAUGUUACAACUGUAAGACAAAGGAUAUUUGGAAUAGUCAAUUACAUCAAUACGGUUUAUAAGGCCAUAAAUAUCUACGUGGCUUUAAUUGGCCUGGAAGUCUGGACAGAUGGUGAUAAAUGCCUGCUGAGCCGUGCUGCAGGAUUCACUCUGGACAGUUUCUCCAAGUGGCGUCUAUCAGAUCUACUAACAAGGAAAAGAAACGACAACGCUCAGCUAAUCACAGGCUAUGACUUUGAGGGGACAACGAUUGGAUUAGCCUUUCUAAAAUCCAUAUGCAGUGAUAUAUAUUCUGCAGGUAUUAUUCAGGAUCAUAACAGAAAUGAAAUUGCAGUCGCAGCUACCAUGGCACAUGAGAUGGGACACAACCUUGGCAUGAGUCACGACACCGACGCCUGCACCUGCAGUGCUAAAGUUUGUAUCAUGACAGAUACUGUCAGUUCCAUCAUCCCCAAGACAUUCAGCUCUUGCAGCCUCCAAAGUUUCGAGAAAUACAUGUUGAGCGACAUGCCAAAAUGCUUGACCAACAUCCCAGAGAUCAGCAGCAUCGUAGCACCUCCGUCCUGUGGAAAUGGCUUUGUGGAGGAAGAGGAGGAAUGCGACUGUGGUACUCCUGAGGAGUGCGCGAACGACUGCUGCGACGCCAAGACGUGCAAACUGACAGCGGGGUCCGCCUGCGCACACGGAGAGUGCUGUGAGAACUGCCAAUAUAAAAAAUCGGGAGCUAUUUGCCGAGCAGUUAAGCACGACUGCGACCUGGCCGAGAUGUGCACCGGCUCGUCUGCGAACUGCCCAGUGGAUCGGUUCCGUGUGAACGGAUACCCCUGCAACUACGGCGAGGGCUACUGCUACAUGGGAGACUGUCCCACCCGAGAAAACCAGUGCAAAGCUGCGUUUGGACCACAGGCUACUGAAGGUGCAGCUUCCUGUUACCGGAUGAACGGGAAAGGGGUAUAUUAUGGAUACUGCAGAAAAGAACAAGGUAGUCACGUCCCGUGUAAAAAAAAAGACUUAAUGUGUGGGAAGUUGUUCUGUACUGGGGGGAACGAGAUGCCUCAGGACGGGAGCCUGGUGACUUUUGAGGCCUGCAAAGCAAGUUUUCCUAGAAGUGGAGAAGUAGACCCAGGGAUGAUCCUCGACGGAACAAAGUGCGGGAAUGGGAUGGUGUGCAGCAAUGGAGAAUGUGUGUAUGCUGAAGAUAUCUUUAGAUCAACUAACUGCUCUGCCAAGUGUCCUGGACAUGCUGUGUGUGACCACGAGCUGCAGUGCCAGUGUGAAGAAGGAUGGGCACCGCCAACCUGCGACAGCUCGUCAGCAGUUACCAGCUUCGCCAUUGUCGCUGGUGUGCUGGUUGUCCUCGCUGUCACAGCAGCUGCAGCAGUGUUACUCACCCGAUUCCGAGUAUUCAAGAAGAGCUGCCAGACCAGAAGGGGAUCUGGAGCCACAAACCAAGUCUUUGUGGAUCAAGAACAAAGGCACAGAGAACACCCUGUCCUGGCGGUACCUGGCCAGAAGAUGAACGAUAAGAAACUUCUCCUUCCUGUACCUCCACCGCAGGAGAACAAACCACAGCUCCAGAGCCCUGCCAUAAGGCCAAAGGGUCCCCCACCUCCUGUGCCUUCUACCAAACCAGCCUCUUCUCACAAAGAGAUUUUUGCACCAGAGAGGAAACCUGCUCAUCCCCCAGUUCCCAAAGGCAAACCUCCACCUCCACCAAAGGCUUUAAAACCACCAGCAAAUCCCAGAGUAUGA